CCCCAGCUCCAUUCCGUCCAUUCUGAAAAGGCAAGUCGGACGACUGAACCGGGCCGGCUACGCCAAGGUCCCUGUGCGGGUGGGUAUCAUGAAAAUGUCAUAAAGUCUCACUUUUCCACCGUUGAAGCUUGGUGGAAAGCUUGACUCUUCUUGUCACCUUGGCAUUGUUCAAUCUCAACUUGGCUCUCAAGAUGCGUGUUUUCUCUGCUGUUCUCCUACUGACGGCCGGUGCGGCGGCCCAACGCGGGCCAUAUGAGCAGUGUGGUGGUACCGGGCGACCAGACGAGAGCUGCAGUGCUGGCUGGCAGUGCACCACAUACAACCCAUAUUAUGCCCAGUGCGUUCCAGCAGCCACCUCCGCCCCGGCACCAACCUCGACACCGGCACCGUCUCCCACACCUGUCCCAUCAUCUUCCCAGCUUAUUACCUCCUCUCGUGUAAUCACCACUCUCACCACUGUCACUACACCCCCAUCCAUCACCACCUCUACCCAAGCCGGCUCAGGCUCCGGCCCGGUUGUCCCCACUCCAACUACGCUGCAAUCAGGGUGGUACUGGAUCCGCGCGGUCGCCACGCCCAACUACCGCUCUUAUCUCCAGCCCCAGCCGACAUCCACCCCCGUCCCCAGAGCAGCGGUCCUCGCCAACUCCAAGACGGCCGCCCAGUUCCAGCUCACCUCCGGCCAGCUAAUCCAGAAUAACUUUGGAAACUCCCCCAACCUCUACCUCAACGUCGAGAACCCCACCGACAAAACCCAAAGAAGACUCAGGACAUGGUUUGACACCACACCAAACACCUAUGGUACCUUUGGCUGGCAGGGCGACACCCUCACCUGGACCGUCAGUGACAUCAACAGGCCCAACAGUGCUGCUUGGUUGGUCUGUGGUGAUAGCAAGGAGGUCUUCAUCAACACUGGGGCGUUCCUGUGGGAUACACCUGCGGGAUGUUUCGAUCAUACUGUAAUCCACUCGUACAAUGGCGCCCAGGCCGAUGUUUGA